GUGCCCCGCGGGGACUCGGAGCAGGUGCGCUACUGCGCGCGCCUCUCCUACCUCUGGCUCAAGUUUUCGCUCGUCAUUUACUCCACAGUCUUCUGGCUGAUCGGGACCCUGGUUCUGUCAGUGGGGAUCUAUGCAGAGGUCGAGCGGCAGAAAUACAAAACCCUCGAAAGUGCCUUUCUGGCCCCAGCCAUUAUCCUCAUCCUCCUGGGAGUCAUCAUGUUCAUUGUCUCCUUCGUCGGCGUGCUGGCCUCCCUUCGAGACAACCUGUGCCUUCUUCAAGCGUUUAUGUACAUCCUUGGGAUCUGCCUCAUAAUCGAGCUCGUCGGUGGCGUGGUGGCCUUGCUCUUCCGGAACCAGACCAUCGACUUUCUGAACGACAACAUUCGAAGAGGAAUCAAGAACUACUAUGAUGACCUGGACUUCAAAAACAUCAUGGACUUUGUUCAGAAGAAGUUCAAGUGCUGUGGCGGCGAAGACUACCGAGAUUGGAGCAAAAACCAGUACCACGACUGCAACGCCCCCGGCCCCCUGGCCUGCGGGGUGCCCUAUACCUGCUGCUUCAGAAACACGACGGCAGUCGUCAACACCAUGUGUGGCUACAGAACGAUCAACAAGGAGCGCCUCAGCGUGCAGGACGUCAUCUACGUGCGGGGCUGCACCAACGCCGUGCUCAUCUGGUUCAUGGACAACUACACCAUCAUGGCCGGCCUCCUGCUGGGCAUCCUGCUCCCCCAGUUCCUGGGGGUGCUGCUGACGUUCCUGUACAUCACGCGGGUGGAAGACAUCAUCACGGAGUACUCGGUCACCGACGGGCUGCUGGGGCCUGGCGCCAAGCCCCGCAUGGACGCCGCGAGCGCGGGAUGCUGCAUGUGCUACCCCAGUUAGGGCCGGCCUGGGCGUCAGCAGGACGGUGCCAGCACAGCCCUGCCUCAUGGGCGCUGCACAGGACAGCGGUCCUCUCCCCGGGUGGCACUGAACAAAGCCUGGCUGUUUGCUCUGGUGGCCGGCUCGGGCUUCCCAUGGCCACGGCCUCCCUGGAGGACGGAACCUGAGGCCUCCCCAGCUGCCGUCCGUGUCUGCUCGCUGCGGGGCACAGGGACCAGGGUGGCCUGGGCCGCGGGGAGGGGACGCUCCGCGCUCAGCUCAGGGCCCAGUCGUUUCUGGCAGUGCCUUGGCCUCGGAUGUUUAUGCCCCUCUGGGGGCGGUUUUCCGUGGUUUGUAAACGGGAGAGAGGAGAGCAGGUGCGCCCCGCGGUGCAGGCGGGGAGGUGCACACCCCAGGCCCCGACCCUCGGCCAUGCCCCAGGGCAGGUGGGCCUGUUCCUCAGCCCCCAGGUGCCUUGAGCCCUCCCCAGGGCUGCUGCUUUGCUUGGUCCUGUUUUUUACGUGAUUUUGUAACGCUCAUUUUGUACACAGUUAACAGGAGUUUCUGACUAAUCACAGCUGGGUGUGUCCCACACACUCCACUCUUUUCCCUCUAAGCCGGUUUAUUAAUCAAACAAUAAAGACUUGAUUUUUU